CCCGGAGGGGGCCUUCGGAGCACGGGGCCUUUGGCUCCGCGGCCGCCGUAGCCAUGGCAACCGGGCGGGAGGAGGAGGAGGAGGAGGAGGCAGCGCCUUCCUGCCCGGCCCUGAGGUUCACCAUUGCUGAGGACUCUGAUGAGGCCACUCCCAGCAGCAGGACUAGGAUGACUUUCAAUGCACAGAAGUGUGGGGUCUGCUUCCAGCCCCCAUCCAUCGUCCUCGUCUACAGAGACCACAGCCAGGAUAAGACCCGCCGGCGCAUCAUGCCCGUCAGGAAUUUCUCCAAGUUCUCAGACUGCAGCGUUGCCGCCGAGCAGCUGAAGAACAACCCUCGGCACAAGGCCUACCUGGAAGGGGUCUCGCUGCGUCAGCUCCGGAAGCUCUACAGUUUGCUGAGAGGUCAUCUGGGAGGAGAGAGCCUGGCUGAGAGCUUGGAAAAGUUUCAGCAGGAAGAGACCAUCGACCCAGAGGAGGAUAUGAACAAACUAGACGACAAGGAACUAGCCAAGAGGAAGAGCAUCAUGGAUGAGCUCUUCGAAAAGAACAGGAAGAAGAAGGAUGACCCUGAUUUCGUCUACGACAUUGAGGUGGAGUUCCCACAGGAUGAGCAGCUGGAGUCCUGUGGUUGGGACAUGGAGUCAGAUGAAGAAAUCUGAUUCCAGACAGAAGUGUCGUGGAUGGGCAGCUCAGAGACAAACCUCAGUGUCCCAGCAGGGAGGACGAUGUCAGUGCCGCACGGAACUGAUGCACGUUGGCUACAGGAGAACCUGAAGGGCCACAGCCAUCCCAGGGUUAAGAGAGCUUUGUUUAAGAAGCCAGACUUGAUGAAAUGGAAACUGGGCAGCUGAAAUCGUUGGGUGAUUUUAGUCUUUUCCUACAUAAAAGAAUUUUAAAUUAUUUAAUCUUUCAAUUUUUUUUUUUUUUACAUUUCAGUCAGCUUUGGUUGAAAAUGAAGUGUUAAAUAUUCAUGUCCUGAAAGCACUGUUAAAGCUGUAUUGCACAAGUAGAGUGUUUCUUACUGCCUGCUGGGAAGUUAAAUAUAUAUCAUUCUUUCUGGAUAAAUCAAGAGGGUAUUACUCUCAUAUUUCCUGAAAAAUGCUUAAAUCUCCAGUUUUAGCUUACACAAAUAUAAAUCCUUAUGUUUAAAAAAAGGAAUAUCUAGAAAAUGGAUUAGUCUUGAAAGCACUUUUGAACACACAGUGAUUUCAAAUUGCUGCAGUGAGGUGGUUGGUUCCCUACACUGCUGGAUGAUGCUUUCUUGUAAGUGCUCAAUUCUGGGAGAAUGUGCUUAAAGUAUCAAAAAAAAUAGAGUGGUAAACGGUCAAAGCCUGGACUUUAGAGUAAAACAAAACGUUCACUCAUCCCACUGAAGCUUUUAUUGCCACUGUCUAUCUCAGCUGGUCUGUACCAGGCAAAUCCUUCUCUCCUGCAACAACUGGAGGACUGAGUUUAUGAUUUUUUAGGAAAUUGCACAACUCCAAAAGCUUCCCGGGUUUUGGCUUUCUGAACCCAGGUGGCCAUGAGGGCUGUGGGUGGGAUGGACUUCAUCCCGAGCUGCUACCUGAGGUAACUCAGAGGAGUUGUAAAUGGCCUCCCAGACUAGUUCCUGCCUUCCUUCUCGCAACCACAAACUAAAUAAAACAUGUUAAAUUUAUCAGCAAGAUGUCUUGUGGCAGCACAGGAGCUGGGGCUGGAGGAGCUCUCCUCCCACACACCGAAACGAUAGAGUCACUGCUGGGAAAAUCUGGAACGGGUCUCGGUGAAACCACCGUGCUGUGCCAUCACUGCAGAGCAGGAGGGAGCUCACACUUGGCCACGGGGGUCUUCAGUUAGAAACCGAAGCUGGUGCCUCACUUGCCAAAAUUAAAGAAAUCUAAAGCCUGACUCAGCUCUCCCAGGACCGGAAGGGGCGUGUGGGACUCUGGCACAGGCCUUUCCUCAAAGACUGUGACAGAACAGCAGAGAAAGAUCUCCCAGUCGGGUGGGAGGGGGCCAUGGGAGCUCCUCCUUCACACCCAGCCUGCACCCAGUGCUGUCCUGGCUGGGCUGGGAGGAUGUGGCUGCACCCCCUCCCUGGGCAUGGCCCUCCUCACAGUGGGGGCUUCAUGAGGCCUAACAAGUGCCCAGUUGAGGGGGUAAUCACCUCUCUGGACCCUGAGGUUCCUGCUGGCCCGUCCUUCCAGCCCACACCAGUGCUUCAAGAUGGAGCCCUACUGGUCCUCCCAGUUCGGGCUCAUCUGUGAACUUGCCACAGAGGUGCUCCACAGCCUUCUUCAGAUCAUGGACAAAGAUGAAACAGGACAGAUCCCAAACCAGACCCUGGUGUUUUUUCACCAGCCUCCUCCUAACCACUACCUUGUGUGCUUCAUCAUCCAGCUGAUCCUUACCUGCCAAGUGCUCACCCAUCCAGACCGUGACAUCUGCACUUGGAUGAAAAAUGUUCUGGAACAGUGUCCAAAGCCUUGCUGAAGCUGAGGGAAACGGCACCCACCACCUUCCAGAUCCACCCAUUUCAGUCUGAGAGGAAAGCAGGUUGGGCAGGCACAGGUCAUCAAUCCAUGCUCACUGCUCCCAGCCACCCUCUUCUAGAGAUAUGCUCCAAACAAAGGAUACUCCGUGGUUUUCCCAACAUGAAGGUGUUGUUCCCUGGGAUGUCCUUUUGGCCAUUACUGAAGCUGGGUGGGACACUUGGGUUCUCCAGUCACAGAGGGCAUUCCCUAUCACCAUGACCUUGCAAGAUGGUGAGAGCAGCUUUGUAAGGAUGUCCACCACUCUGAAGGUGGAAUCUCCUCCUGUUGCCCUGACAUCCCAUGCACAUCUCAGCUUCAGGCGAGCCUCAGCUUUGCAGGCAUGUGAUGGGGGAGUGUGGAUUAUCCCCCACAUCAGCUCAAUACAGCCAAGAACCCCCACUCUUUAUCCAUGCCCUGGGCAGUGCCGGGUGCCCGGGUUCCUCCCUGCGUGUGUUCCCACCUGCACCCCACAUCCCCCUUCCAAAAGGAGAAGCAGCAUUGGCUGUGGUGGUGGGAAAGCGAACGCAUCCACCCUCCAAGGCUGGCCCUGGCACCCACAGGAGAGGAAAACCCCCAGGGGUUUGGGGCACCUGCUCACCCUGCCAUCAGGGAGACAUUGGAACGCUGCCAGGAGACAGCGCAGGGGUGUAUUUAUAGGUCACUGCUGUCCCCCAGGGGUGCAGCUUACGGGCAAAAGAAGGGCUGAAAGAGGCUGAGGGAUUCCCCAGCUGGGCCCUGGUUUGGUUUUGGCUAGUUCAGUCUAAAAUAGGACCAGAAAGCAGCCAUUUCCAGAGCCUUGGCCAUGCUCAGCCCUAUUGGAACUGCCAGCAGGUCCAGCAGGGUCCAACCUGCGCCACUUCCCAGCCCAGCAUGGCUACACCAGGCUCACCGUGACCCCAGUCCCUGUCCCACACCUCUGCCGUGGAGGGGGCUGCCCUGCUCCUGCUGCCUGCACUGCCCUCGGCAUCUUCG